UUGGACUCCCAUUCAGCGGCGGAGGUUUUUUCAGGUCGUACCGGAAACGGCCUGUACGGUGAGAUCCCUCUCCUUCCGGCGGUGGAAGUGCGAACUCACCCGGCCUGCGAUAGGAAGUAAACAUGGCGUCUGUGUGGGAUGAGACGGAGCAGGAUGGAGUUGGGGAAGAAGUCCUCAAGAUGUCCACAGAGGAGAUCAUCCAGAGAACCCGGCUUCUGGACAGUGAGAUAAAGAUCAUGAAGAGCGAGGUUUUGCGGGUGACGCACGAGCUGCAGGCCAUGAAAGAUAAGAUCAAAGAGAACAGCGAAAAGAUUAAAGUGAAUAAAACCCUCCCGUACCUCGUGUCCAACGUCAUAGAGCUCCUCGAUGUCGACCCCAAUGAUCAAGAGGAAGACGGAGCCAACAUUGACUUGGACUCUCAGAGGAAGGGGAAGUGUGCGGUUAUCAAAACGUCCACCCGGCAGACGUACUUCUUACCCGUCAUCGGUUUGGUUGAUGCAGAGAAGCUGAAGCCCGGAGAUCUCGUGGGAGUGAAUAAGGAUUCCUACCUCAUUCUGGAGACCCUUCCUACAGAGUAUGAUUCCCGUGUCAAGGCUAUGGAAGUGGAUGAAAGACCCACCGAGCAAUACAGUGAUAUUGGGGGUCUCGAUAAGCAGAUUCAGGAGCUUGUAGAAGCCAUUGUGCUCCCAAUGAACCACAAGGAGAAGUUCGAGAACUUGGGAAUCCAGCCCCCCAAGGGAGUUCUUAUGUAUGGACCCCCAGGGACUGGCAAGACUCUACUGGCAAGAGCUUGUGCUGCGCAGACAAAGGCCACCUUCCUGAAGCUUGCCGGUCCGCAGCUCGUGCAGAUGUUCAUCGGGGAUGGGGCCAAACUUGUCAGAGAUGCCUUUGCGCUGGCCAAGGAGAAAGCCCCGUCUAUAAUCUUUAUUGAUGAGCUGGAUGCUAUUGGCACAAAAAGGUUUGACAGCGAGAAGGCCGGAGACCGCGAGGUGCAGAGGACGAUGUUGGAGCUUUUAAACCAGUUGGAUGGUUUUCAGCCCAACACCCAAGUCAAGGUGAUUGCCGCUACUAACCGGGUGGACAUCCUGGAUCCCGCGCUGCUGCGUUCCGGCCGUCUGGAUAGAAAGAUCGAGUUUCCGAUGCCGAAUGAAGAGGCUAGAGCCCGGAUUAUGCAGAUCCACUCCCGCAAGAUGAACGUCAGCCCUGAUGUGAAUUACGAAGAGCUCGCUCGCUGUACCGAUGAUUUCAACGGCGCACAAUGUAAAGCCGUUUGCGUGGAAGCUGGAAUGAUUGCUCUUCGCCGAGGAGCCACGGAGCUAACACAUGAGGAUUACAUGGAGGGAAUCUUAGAAGUCCAGGCCAAGAAAAAAGCCAAUUUGCAAUACUAUGCAUAGGCAUACGGGUGGCGGGGGAUAUCUGCUUGUUGUACUUGGACUGCUCAGUUUAUGUUACAUGAAAUAAACCAGACCUCUUUAAUUGUACAA